AUGACGUCCCCGGAUUUGCCAGUAGCUGCACAUGAAAUUCCUGGCUUUCUGAAGUGCCACAUUGAAGGGAUACUUCUUCAGUAUGCACACUAUAUGAAUGAGGUAGUUGAGCAUCAACGGGUUCAGGGCUUGAACACCAGUGCCGUUUCAUCUCUCUCAGAGCUACGAAAGAAAACAUCACGUUUUAUUGACUCUGUAUGUGAGACUAUAACGUCUUCUACAGAGGCUGGAGAGCUGCUCAGACAAAGCUUGGAAGCAAUUAUGCAAAAGAUAGAUAUUUACCGAGUCAUGAAGGCAGCAUUUUCUGGGGCGCUUAACCAGGGCAACAAGACCACCAUAGACUAUGCCUCGUCUUGCAUCCUACCCGCGGCUCUUCAACUUCCUCUUACUUUGGUUAUUGUCAAUCAAGUAAGCUUCGAUGUACUCAACUAUAUGUCCCUUCGUCCAGGUUCGCUGGUUUGUAUGUCACGGGGGCCUACACCAACCUGGCUAUUGAAUGAUAUUUGCACAAAUUAUCUUAAGGCCAAGGCUAACACACUUUCAAUAUCGUCUAAGCCUCUUCAGCAUCGCCUUUGUGUCGUCACUCGUAUUUGGUUUGAAAACUCUAUUCUUCCAGAGGAUGCAGAAGCUUUCUUAAUGACGGUUCCUAUUCGGCGUCAAAGGAAUCCGUUCUUCUUAGAUUCAGGAGCUGAGACUCUUGGAGAUAUUUCUGAAGAAGAUGUCCUCGCUAUAUAUGGGCCAGAUGCGUUGAUCUCAGAGCCUGUUACUAAAUUAGAUCUCCUCUUCAAGAAACGAUAUACAAGCAAAGAGCAGUUACCAUUUACCGGCAGUGAUCUUGAGGCCAGCAUGCCCAGCGACCUCAAGGCAAAGAUAAUUGCACAGGCAAAAGAUAUCCCCCAAAAGGUUGUCCGUAAUGACAAAUAUACACGCACUCAAAUGGAUAGAGGCCUUUUGAGGCUUAUAACUCGUUUCAGACUAGAACUUCUGGACAUUCAUGACUCAGAGCUACCCCCAGACGCAGACUCUGGCCCUGCGAAUCCCGCUCCCUCCUGUUUUAGCCCACACGCACCUCUAGAGUCACUACAGGAUAUUGAUGCAUCCAUCCACUCUUCCAUGCCGUGGCUCAAAGCUCCUCUUCGUCUCUCUUAUGGGAAACGCUAUGUCAUUGAUGCGCAGACUGCUACGCUUGCUGAUCUGAGCCCACUUCUAGAUCCAUAUGUGGACCAGAUGGUCUUCUGCCCGCUUUCUAACAGUUAUUGUCUGGCAUACAAUAAGCUUCAGAAGAGAUUCAGAGUUGCAUAUGUUCAUGACAGUCCCACUCGGGAGAACCGCUUCCAUGCACGUAUCUCCUGGGUUAAGGCAAAAAGCCAUCUGGCACAACCCACGGGGGAGCGACACGUCACAGUGCAGAUAGAUAGCCUAGACUCCGUGCACCUUUUUGAUGUAGACACGUGGCUCGCCGAGAACACCGUUUAUGACUGUGCUUGCUGUGCCUCCUCGGCUUCAACAGAGAAAGUGGGUCGCUCAAGAAGUAGACAGGUUCGCGAUGAGAGCAAAACUAGCAAACCGGCAGCUCAUCACAUGAAUGUGCUAAUCUUCGCUAGAUUCUUGGCCCCUUUGCCGAGCUCAACCCGGCUCAUGGAGGUCAUGUACGAUGACAUCUUCCCCACCGUACCAUUCCUCAAGAAGCCAAAGCGGAAAUUCUAUGCAAACGUAAUGCGUACAUGUAUUGAAUUUACAGAGUAG